CAUAUAUUCAUUUAAAAUUAUAUAUUGAAUCAUUUAACUCAUUAUCAAAUUUAAAUAAAAAUAGUUUAACUACAAUUGAUCAACAACAAAUUUUAUUUGAAAAAGAUUUAAUUCUAUUAAAUCAUCAAUUGGAUUUCAAUACAAACUAUUCUAAUAAAAAGAAAGUUACAUUUCAAAUUCAAUUUAAUAUUGAAUCUAUUCAAUUACCAAUUGUAUAUACACAUAUAUUUCAAUCAAUAUUAUUAAUUAUUCAUAUUAAAGAUUGUUUUACUGAUUAUUUAUUAAGUACAACAUUAUUGAAAGAACAAAAUAAUAUUCCAUUAUUAAAAUCAAUAAAUGCUUCUCAAAAUCAUACUAUAAUGUUAAAAGAAUAUUUACCAAAUUAUAUAGAAUCAUUACAUGUUUAUAAAAUGCAUUUACCAUUUAUUAUUACAUGUUUAAUUAUUGGUCUUACUUAUAUUAUACUUUUAACUAUAUAUACUAUUUUAAAAAUAUGUCAUGGAUCUAAUAAGUUUCAUACAGAUAAUAGAAUUCAUAAUUCAAUAAGUUAUAUGUUAAAUAAUGAAAUACAAAAGAAACAUUUUUCAUUAUUUUCAGUUUAUUCUACAUCAUUAUUAAAUAAUGAUUAUAAUACAAAUUCACAAUCACAAUUAAUUCGUUUAACAUGUCCUCAAAAAUGUUGUAUUAUGAUUUAUUUAUGUUUUCGUGUAUUUUAUACUUUUUUAUUUACUAUUAGUGUUGGUUUAUCAUUUAUUUUAAGUAUUGAAACUGAUGCUACUGUGGAGUUUACUUCAGCAGUACAUAAUAAUCAUUUUAUUACAAUGAAUACAUUUAAUAAUUAUAAUGGAAAUAUUGGUAGUAGAUUAAGUCUACCAUCAGUAAUGAAUACAAUGACAUUGACAACGGAUAUAGGUAAUAGAUGGCGUGGAGCUAAAGUAUGGGUAUUAGAAGCUGCUAGAAUGGAGGAUUUUUCUCAAACUGAAUUAUUAAGACAGAUCCAAAAAGGGACAAGCCAAAUUUCAGACUGUGGUAAACAUUAUGAAGAUCAUAGUAAACAUUUGUCAAGAUAUAUGAUGUAUAUUAGUAAGAAACUAAUCAGCUGGUUCAGCCAAACCAACACCAACAAUGAACUUAUUAAUCAUAAUGAUAUAAAUGAAAAUUCAAUGAAUUAUCAUUCCGAUAACAAAAUAUUAUAUGAAGAUUCUAUCAGUCAUAUUGAACAUGAAAUGUACAAUAGUAAUAAUAAUAAUAAAUCUACACUUCAAUGGACAUCGAAUGGUGUAAAUAUUCAAAUACCCACUAUAGAACAAGAAACAUGGAAUCAUUUGGAACGUACUAGUUGGUUACCUUAUUUAGAUACAGUUGAUGAUUAUCUAAGAAAGACAAGGGAUGAUCUGGAUACGAAAGUUAUUGACUACUGGGCACCAUAUGAUCAACUUUUGGCUAAUCUUCUUACAAACCCAUGGCUUGCACCAGCAUAUAGAGCAUUAAAUACAUCAUGGUUGCAAGAGAGGCGUAUAUCAUUUAUGGAUCGAACGUAUUUUGGUUUAGUAUCAAGUGAUUUUGACUCGGAAGAUGAGAAUCAAUCGUCAAAUGAUUUAACCGCUUUAAAUGGUGCCAAAGAAACACAAUCUUUAAUGCUAGCAAAUUUUAUUGGUGUUCCACAACCUGCACAUGCUCGUUUGGCUGGUACAAGAAUUUGGAAUAGUUUUCGUAAUCUAGUUCCAGGUUUGCCGAGCAAAUUCUAUUAUAAAUUAGAACCAAGUUCAUUAUCGUCAUCAUUUUCGUCAUCAGUUCUAAAUAAAGAUGUUGAAUUUCGAAGAAAGCCAAAAUUGUAUCAUGAUCAUCGGCAAAUGUUAUCCAGUGAAGAUUGGUAUCAUAUUCCAAGUGGACAGUUGGAUUUAGAUGAAAAACUGAAUGUUGACUCAUUUACUGAUUUAAAUACACAAUUCUAUCCGUUUGCAACAACUGUUACGAAACGAAAUGGAAAUCCUUCAACAAUUGAUUCAAAUUCUUAUUUUUUAACAUUGACACAAGUUCGAUUAUUAUUAUUGUUAUUAGAUGCUAUUAUUAUAUUGUCUAGAUGUUUUCAAACAUUUGAAUUUAUGCAUAAUAUUUGGUUUGGUGAUAUAAAAUUAAUUAAUGCCAAUCAUUUAAUUCAUGAUAUAAAUGAUAAUUCACAAAUAAUGAUUGAUUCAUUUGAUCAUUCUAUGCAUCAUCAUUCACAACAAACACAACAAAUACAUGGUACUUAUAAUUCUAAUUAUCAUUAUCAACCUCAAAUUCAAAUAAGAUCACCUAGACAUAUACAAUUAUCUAUAGGAUCUACACCAUUCUUACAUCCUGCAUCAUGCUCAUCAAAUUUACAUGAAUCAAAUCAUCAUUCAAUCUCUAAUGAGUUCCCUACAUCAAUAAGCACAAAUCACAAUGAAGCAUUGAUUGCCAAUCAAACUAUUCGUGUAAGUGAAUAUGAAAGAAAAUCUUCUACAGGGAUUAAAAUAACUCAAAACGAUCCACCAACAUUAAAUUUUGACAAUGGAACUGGACGUUUUACAGCUUGCUACUGUUGUCUCGAUGCUCAUUAUUUGCUAGUGAUAACUGGUAUUGGCUUAUUAUUUAUUGGACUAGUUUUAAUUUGGGCUACUGAUAGACAUGUUCGACCAGGAUGGCUUUUAGCAAAAACCGGUGUAUUAGCUCGAUCACGAGCACUUGAAGACUGUAGACAAAGAACAAAUGCUAUCUUGAAAACCAUUCAACCGAAUCAUAUAAAUAUGGAUUUGGUAAGAUCCGCUAAAAUUAAUGCGGCUAAAGAAGCUCAUUGGAUUAAUCAAUUGACUAAUAGACUGGAGCAUGUACAAACACAGAUACAAUUACAGUUUAUCACAGAAUUAUGUUUACUGCAAAAAGGUUUGGUAAAUCAUUAUUAUGUCUUAGAUCAACAUGCUGUGAGAAUCCAUGUACCAGAGAUAACGGAUACGAAUUCAACAUUUUCAGCUUGUGAAUUAAUUGGUCCUAAUUUUCAGUUUACUGAACAAGCAUUAUUGAUUUUAUCCAACUGGAAGUUAGAUCCGCUAACAAAUAAACAAAUUAAACAUACACUAAAAACUCCAGUAUGUCAUUUCUCCCCAGUUGUUCCUGCUACUUAUGCUGAAAGUCAUCUAUCACGUUUAUUAAGAAUGACUAGUUUAAACGAACAACCACUUCAAAUGAAUAAUAAUAAAAAAACUAAUGAACAAAUUACCUCAUAUAAUAAUCAAACAGAAUCAAACAUUCAACUUGAAGGAAAUCAAUUAGAUUUUAACUAUGAACAACUUACCACAUCAAUUGGAAGUCUGUCAACUUUGAUUAAUGCUAUAUAUCGUUUAUUAUUAACUAGUUUGACAGUAAUGAUGUCUAUGGGUGGAUUAUUAGUCUGUUUGCAUAUGAUUUCAAUUUUAGGACGUAUAAUAAUACGAAUUCCAGUACGUAAGAUUUAUUACACCACCGUCUACCCUCCUUGUACAUCUAUGAACAAUCCAUCUUCUUCACCUACUGUCUACCAAUCACGCAGUCAACAUUCAUGAUGUAAAAAACUAUGUAUUAUGAUAUACAAACUUCAUUACCUGUACUAAAUAAAUACUCGAAAUAUUAAACAAAACACAGAAGCAACUCUAUUUUGAAAAAUGUAUCGAUUCACAGCUUUUGACGUGAGUGAUACUGUAAUCCACACACUUACACCAUUCACACAACAGAGUUGAACGAAAACAAAAGAAAAUUCGUUUGUUUUGCUCAAUAUUAUAUUUAUCCUUUGAACAGUAAUGAAACUAAGUAAGUAAAAAGACCGGAACCAAACGUGAAAACUCCAAACAAAUAAGGUGGACUACAUAUAUAUAUAUAUAUAUAUAUA